AUUUGUUUUUUUUCUCCUAUUUUGGUUUUAUUGGCGAAGAGUCAUUAUAUAUUUUUAAUGUCGAAUAAGGAUCAACGAGGAUAAAAGAGAUCUCGUUGAAAUUAUUCGUUUGAAAAUUUACCUUUAGGUUAAUCAUAAUGCUCGUUACUAAACUUGUUGAGGUUGAAUCGAUCAUCAAAACAAAAAAAAAGACACAAAAUUAGGGCAAAUAUGGAUGGAACAUUAUUUGCCCCUGCUUUGGAAGGAAUGAAGGAUGUCAAAUCUGAACAUGGAGAGCUAAUGACUAAGCCUUUUUUGGAAGUUUGCAAACUUGUAUUGCCAAUUCUAGAUAAAUUUGGAGCUGCUAUGACUGUGGUUAAAUCUGAUAUCAGUGGAAAUAUAGCUAGGUUAGAAUCCAAGUAUAACGAUAAUCCAUCGAGAUUCAACUACUUGUACAGUUUUGUACAGGCAGAAGUUGAGAUAAAGACAGCUAAAUCUUCAUCCAGUUGUACUAAUGGACUUCUAUGGUUAACAAGAGCGAUGGACUUCAUAGUCGUGCUCUUUCACAACUUAGCUCAGCAUCAGGAUUGGUCAAUGUCCCAAGCUUGCAAUGAUUCUUACUCCAAGACGUUGAAGAAAUGGCAUGGAUGGCUCGCUAGUUCAAGCUUUACGGUCGCGAUAAAGCUUGCACCAGAUAGGAAAAAGUUCAUGGAGGUCAUAAGUGGCAAUGGUGACAUCAAUAGUGAUAUGGAGAAGUUCUCUACGACGUUUUCGCCUAUACUUCAGCAGAUCCACAAAUUUUUGACUAGUGUUGGCUUGGACAGUAUGAAGGCUUCAUGAUCAACUUCUCCAGUAUCAGCAUCGUUAGUUUUCGCCAAAAAGUUUACCAGAUCUGUUGCUUUUGUUUUCAUUUCAUCCAGCUCAAAUGUAAGGAAAGAACGCAUAUGAUCUCAGUUUAUGGAAUGCUAGUUGUAAGUAAGUUGAGAUCAAUCUAUCGAUAUAUUCAUCAUAUUCCUCGCAAGUUCAA